AAUAAAUUUUAUUAGAUAUCUGCUGCUGAUGUUAUAAGGAACACAAUAAAGCGUUACAGUUUACCAGUUACCACGUUAAAAGGAUAGAGAGAAUGCCACAGUUCCUUCAACGCUUUUGUUUUUCCCUUUUCCAUCUCUCUCUCUCUCUCUCUCUAUUCCUUUUGUCCCCGUUUGCCGGAGACUUCAGGUUGCUUCAGAUUGAACUCAUCUCAAAUUUCUGCUCCUGCAUCGGCGUUGCAGCUACUACACUGUACAAGGCUUCAUUUCUUCUUGACUCUUCUUGAUCUUGCAAGUUCUUAUGUGAGCAAGGCUUUGUAGAUUCUGCAUUGCCGCAACCGCAUAACUCUCCAAAAGGUCUCUCCCUCUUUUUUUCUCAUAACCUGCAUGGUUUUCUACGCGAUUUUCCCUGUUGGACCGAGAAUUAACUUAAUGCAUUGCUGUUUUUCGUGUUUGCUAACGCCACCCCACCAUCACUGCACUUUAGCUCGGUCAUUCAGUUUUCUUUUGGGGACAAAUGGGUGGACUCUUCCUCCAGUUUUCCGUUUUCCUGUAACCUCGCCUCUCUCUCUCUCUCACACACACCAGAGAAGGAACGGAAAAGAAGACAAGGAAAAUUUUUAAAAACCAACUUCCACAUUUCUCAUGUGGUAAGAAGAAAAAUACAGAAGCUGCAGAGCAGGAACUCGUUUGAAGAAUGCUAUGAAAUCGAGCAGUUCUGAGAAAGACAUUUUCGCUGGGGAAGUUCAGAGGUGUUCUCCGGAUGUGAUGGAACUUGGAGGCAGACUGCCCCUUUCAGAAGACAAUGGCGUCCGUGGGUUCCCAGGGUUGGACUUCCAGACCGGCUGGGUCCCUUUUCCUUGCAACACAGGGAUCAAAACAACUAGUUCCAGCAAAACUCAAGUAGUGGAUGCUCCAUUAGCCCCAGUGACACCAGAGAAGACCAUAACGAAGGAAAAUGUAUUAGAUAGCAGUGCAUCCAAACCCAUCGGCCUGUGUACCCGCAUUGAACACUGCAUGAAGGAAUGGGUUCAUCCACAUGACGGUGCAACCCCAUCAAAUGUCCCUUCUGCCGAUAGCAAAGAUGAGCCAAGCACUGAGCAACACAAUAGUAAGCUCCAGGUUGAUGAUUCUCAACAGAGUCUUACGGAGAUACUGGUGAAGGGAAGCAUCGGCACUGAGAAGGCUCUUUCUGAUGGCAUACACUUGAACAGGACACCACCUCAGAAACCAAAGAGAAAGAAAGUAAGGCCGAAGGUGGUUAAGGAAGGCAUGCCUAGAAAAAGUCCAAACAAGGAGCAGGCAAGCCAGAGACAAGAAGGAACUCCCGUACACGGAAGGCACACGACCACAGGUAGAAAGAAGCGCAAAGAUGCUAUAACCACCACCACCUUGGAUGUAGAGGAGUCCGUUUGUUUGCCGAAUGCUGCUCGCGUUGCUUCUUGCAGACGAUCACUGAAUUUUGAUUCUAAUGCUGAGGCCUGUAAUGAUAAAUUAGGUUCCAUAAGUCAGCAUGCUGCUGAAAGAGGAAGGCCUACUGCGGGAAACCCCAGCGAACCUGCUGUAGUUGAUGUUAACGGCUCCUUGAAUAAUAUACUCGCUUCUCAUCUUUGCUUCUCUCAGAAUUCUUCACCUUCUCUACUCAAGAGAAAAGCUUCAUCAAGGUGGAACGCAAAGAAUAUGGCUCGCAAGAAAAACAGUGUAGAUAAUGGAUAUAUUAGGGAAACGCAUCAGGAACAUUUUGUGAAUAGCCAUGAGUCUGCAGACAUGCCACGAUGCGGUCUGCAAAAUCUUUAUGACACCAGCCAGCAGGACGAUACAAUCAUGUCAACUGAAUCUCAGAGCAGCAUACAGACAUCCACUACAAUCUCGACGGGUCUGGUUCAAGUACAACUCCACACAAAGGGCGGACCAUGUUCUAUGGAUUUACAAGAGCAGCAGAACAGGCACAUACAAACAAGUAGCAAUCUCAGACCUCAUCCGUUCAAAGAAAGUUUCACGGACAGGGAGACAGAAGCGAGUCCUCAGGAACAGCAAUCAUAUGUAAUGUCUAGCACUCCUGCCCAGAAAGGUUCCGCUUGGGAGGUUGGAAGUGUCACAACAGAAACUAGCAAGAAGGUUGUGAUCUCGCGAUCAGGUAGGCAGAAAGCAGCAGAACCAAGCAAUCAUGUACACAAGGAAACCUCUUUGAAACUGUGCGAGAAGCAGCAAAGUCUCAUUACUCAGUGUCAUCCAGGGGAAAAGUACUUUAAUUUUCAAAAUGGGCAAGAAGGCAAUGAUAUGCUCGUCAAAAUACAAGUGAAGGCAAAAAGAAGUCCAAGGAAAGCACCUAUUCAUUCUCAUCACCCUAGAACUUUCUUUGCAAUUAACCACGGUUUCAUGCCACAAAGUUCUAUACAAGAAAGAGAAGAUGACAUUGCCUGCGGUCCCCAAACUUGCCAAGAAGCCCUGCUCUUGGAUAGACUUGCUCAAAGGAUAACCAAGAAGCGCAGAAAAGGGAUUUCUCACGCCGUGAAAUUUGCAUCUUGCACUACUGUAGAUAGACCUGAAAAUUGCACUCACCAAGGCCAAGAGUCCCAUGGAGUGUUAAAUAGUAAUCUUGUAAAUCAACAUGAAACCAUGGCAAUAAGAGCCACACAUUCGGUUCAUGACUGCGGAAGUAGUAGCAACUUGAAAGAAAAUUUAACCCCAAUGUUCUCCUCAGAGGUAAUCUCAUUUAUGAAACCUAUUGAUGAGAUUGUCAACAGGCUAAGAUCUCUACACAUUCGUGAAAGGGAUGUGAAUGCAGCAGCUGUACCUCAAAACGCAUUAGUGCCUUAUUCUGCAGCCGGAACAAUUGUUCCUUAUGCUGUAACUUUUAAACCCUUGAGAAAGAGGCGUCCACGACCAAAAGUGGACUUGGAUGAAGAAACGAACAUCGCUUGGAAGCUUUUGAUGGGAAUUGAAAGUGCAGGAAUAGAUGGAACAGAUGCCGAUAAAGAGAGAUGGUGGGGGGAGGAGAGAAGAGUAUUUCGAGGACGAGCAGAUUCAUUUAUAGCUCGAAUGCACCUCAUACAAGGUGACAGGCGCUUCUCCCAGUGGAAAGGAUCUGUCGUGGACUCCAUAGUUGGAGUCUUUCUUACACAGAAUGUUUCGGACCAUCUCUCAAGUUCUGCUUUCAUGGCACUUGCAGCACGCUUUCCUCUAAAUGAGGAAAGUGGGACUGCAAGACUUGGCAAUAAGAAAAUCGACACAUCUCCUCAAGUGCAACAGUUUUCUACUGGAGAUCUAGAUGAAAGCGUGACCAACUUGAAUAAUUUCCCUUUGAGAAAGAGUCCUGAGCUUGAUCACAGUUCUAUGAAAGUUGAAGAAUCAACCUUUCCGGACACAAUUGGCAGAGUGGAAUUUUAUGACAGGGAUACAACAGGUCGAGAGGAGACGUACACUAAGAUCGUGCAUACCAAUGAAUGUGAAACAGGUCAAGACUCACCUGGUAGCAACAGCAACAAGCACUUCCAAUCCAUUGUUGACAGCAAUAUACCACCAACAGCAUCUGAGGAGGAGAAUUUGCUCUGCUUUUCCGUAAUUUCCUCCCAAAAUUUGACUGAUUGUACCACUCAGGCUGUUAAUCAAAUUGGAUCAAGUCCAGAGUGUGCUACUCCAGCAGAUGAGUUUAUGAACAGAUAUAAAAAAGGCUGUUUUGAGCGGCGAUCAUUCUCAGAACUUUUGUGCAUGGCAGAAUCAUCAAUGUUCAAAGGUCUAUAUGCAAACAUGAGUCACUGUGGGUCACAUGGAGAGCAGUUUCGGAACGCUUCUGACCAGUUGCUGCAUGAAAAGCAAAAAACAAACUUGGAUAAGGUUUCAGGAGCAGGGCCUUCACUUGAAAUAGACAAUUGCUCUAAGAUAAAUGGUGAGAGCAAGACUUCAUCAGCCGAAGCCACAUCCUCCGUCACAAUCUUUGUACAGGAGGCACAUAGAAUCAGUUCCCUGGACAAAGCGACAAAUACAGAUUUACAGUCUAAAAGUUCUCAAGAUGGGCACUGCUUGAUGGUGAAAGGAAGUUUGCAUUUUUCCAGCAAAGGGAGGGAAACUGUGGACGUGGAUUCAUUAGAACAAACAAAACGAGUUGAGAACCAGAAACCCUUGGAAAGCAAACUUGCGACUGUUUCCAAGGAUGAAGCUGUUAAACAUAGAAAUAAACCAAGAAGAGAAGUCCUCAAAUCAAACAAGGGGAAGGGUGAAGCACUUAGCACAAAGGAGACAUGGGAACCCUUAAGAAGACAGCUAAUGGAGAAGUUUGGCCUUAAAGAAAGGACUUCUGACAAGAAAGAUUCAUUGGAUUGGGAAGCAGUGAGACAUGCAGAUGUCAGUGAAGUGGCUCAAGCGAUCAAAGAAAGAGGAAUGAACAACAAGCUAGCUGCAAGAAUACAGGAAUUUCUUAACAGACUGGUUGAAGACCAUGGCAGCAUAGACCUGGAGUGGCUAAGAGAUAUUCCACCAGAUAAAGCAAAGGAUUUCUUAUUGAGCAUAAACGGGUUGGGACUCAAGAGUGUUGAGUGUGUUGACACAAAUGUUGGCCGGAUAUGCGUGCGACUUGGUUGGGUGCCACUGCAGCCACUUCCAGAAUCACUUCAACUUCAUCUUCUGGAAAUGUACCCUGUGCUGGAAUCCAUUCAGAAAUAUCUGUGGCCAAGGCUGUGCAAACUUGAUCAGCGAACACUGUAUGAACUCCAUUAUCAGCUAAUAACCUUUGGCAAGGUCUUCUGUACCAAAAGUAAACCAAACUGUAAUGCGUGCCCCAUGAGAGGAGAGUGCAAGCAUUUCGCAAGUGCAUUUGCAAGUGCAAGGCUUUCCCUUCCAGCACCAGAAGAGAAAAAUUCAGUAAGUUCGUCUCUUCCUUUCAUGGAUAAGCAAGGAACACCAAAGGUCUGCAUCCAUCCAGUAGCAUUAUCCCUGGGAGUACCUUCAGCAAUUGAACGUCCAGUUCUCCAAGAGGACUCUGACAUCAGCAAGUGUGAACCGAUCAUUGAAGAACCAUCAACACCGGAGCCUGAAUGUGUUGAAAGUUCAGAAAGUGUAAUUGAAGACUUUAAUUGUGAUGACCCUGAUGAAAUUCCCAGUAUUAAACUCAACCUGGAGGAGUUCACUCUGCAAGUGAAAAACUAUAUCCAAGAGAAGGAUAUCAAACUCCAAGAUGCAGAUGUAUCAAAAGCUUUGGUUGCUUUGACACCUAUGGCUGCUUCAAUUCCAACACCCAAGCUCAAGAACAUGAGCAGGCUGCGGACAGAACACCAUGUUUACGAACUUCCAGACAACCACCCUCUUGUAGAAGGGUUGGACAAAAGAGAAUCGGAUGACCCAUGCUUCUAUCUUCUUGCCAUAUGGAGUCCAGGUGAGACUGCUCAGUCUAUUGAACCACCAAAGACGUGCUGUGAUUUUCAAGCUUCAGGUAACCUGUGUGACAAGCAGACAUGCUUUUCAUGCAAUGCUGUUCGUGAGACAACUUCUCAGACAGUUAGAGGCACACUACUGAUCCCUUGUAGGACUGCUAUGAGAGGAAGCUUUCCGCUUAAUGGUACUUAUUUCCAAGUAAAUGAGGUAUUUGCAGAUCAUGAGUCUAGCUUAAACCCCAUUGCUGUACCAAGAGCACUGAUUUGGAAUCUGCGAAGGAGGACUGUCUAUUUUGGAACGUCGGUAACAACCAUUUUUAGAGGUAUGACAACCGAAGGAAUUCAGCACUGCUUCUGGAGAGGUUUUGUCUGCGUUAGAGGAUUUGACUUGAAGAAGCGGGCACCACGUCCUCUAGUUGCCAGGUUUCAUUUCCCAGCAAGUAAGCAAACAAGAAACCAAAGAACCACAACAAGAAAAUUAGAUGAACAAGCAGCAUCGGAGAAUUUUCCUGACAUGUUGAAUAAUCAACAAGACUAGCGAACAGGCGUAUUGACUAACAAAGUUGUAGUUUGACAAUGCAUACUUAGUAAAGGAUUAAGCUAGACUUAUCUUACCCCCAUUGAAGCAGCAACCAUCCUGUGAAAGGGCCCAUGUUCUGUGUAUAUAUUAGUGACCUUAAUGUUUAGACACAUUCUCUGUAAGAGCCUUUGCUUGUCCAGCUCAAAAGCAAUACGCCAGCUUCUUUCCUUUGACUUUUACAAGUACAAAGCAAUGUAUCCAGUUCAUCACAUUGUGCAUGUUCUGUACAAUAAUAUGAAUAAAUCUGAUUGGCCUGUGUA